AUGGAAACAGGAAAGAAAAAAAGGGUUUCCAACAAAUUGCAACAGACUUUCCACCAUUCUAAAGAACCCACCUUCCUUAUCGACCAAGCCGUUCUACCUAGUGACUCCCAUUCCAGCCUUUUGCCAGAAACAGAGCAUGUCAAUCCUGCUGGAAAAAUAAAGAUAGGACCUCUGACAAGACCUGGAACAGUGAUACUCUCAAAACGGUCCAGUAGGAGAAUUAUGUCAGAAAGUCCGCACAGCCCCCCUGUGAUACCAUCCCGCAGGCCUGGAUUCCAGGUGUGCUAUAUCUGUGGCCGAGAAUUUGGCUCCCAAUCAAUUGCCAUUCAUGAACCCCAGUGCUUGGAGAAGUGGCGUAUUGAAAACAGCAAGUUGCCCAAACACCUGCGGAGGCCAGAACCCUCCAAACCACAGCCUCUCAGGGGCAGUGGGUCCUACAAUCUUCAGGCCGUGAACGAAGCAGCGUUUCAAAGUUCCCAGGCUCAGCUGCUGCCCUGUGAAUCCUGUGGCCGCACAUUCUUGCCGGAUCGUCGUCUUGUUCACCAGAGGAGCUGCAAGCCGAAGGAUGAGGGGCCCAGAGCACCAAACCCCAACCGUUUUGAUGAUCCGACUGGUGCCAGGAAAGCUGCUGGUGGCAUCCCAGCCCGACCAAAGACUCUCAUCUGCUACAUUUGCGGUAGGGAAUUUGGCACUCUGUCCCUUCCUAUUCAUGAGCCCAAAUGCCUAGAAAAGUGGCAAAUAGAAAACGACCGGCUCCCCAGGGAGCUCCGCCGACCACUCCCACGGAAGCCUCAGCCCCUUCCAACUGGACAGUCCAACCAAGAGGAGCCAAGUCAAGCUCAGCUGGUGCCCUGUGCAAAUUGCGGCCGGACCUUUGCCCCAGACCGCCUUCUGGUACACCAGAGAAGCUGUAGGGUUCAACCAAGUGCACCAAAAAUUCAGAAUUUGACCUUAGGGAGGAAAGGUGGCCUGAAAGAGUCCACAAAUUCCAAGCAGCAAAGGAACAUGGCAGUGCCCACUGUGACUGAUAAGGUAACUCAUGCCACGUGA